AUGACGCAUCAGUGGUUCGCAUACCUUACGAAGGAGGUGUUCAAGGUUGAAAAAUUCGGAGAGCACCAGCGCAUCAAGAGCUUGGAGCAACUGAAGUCUCGCCUUCGCCUGCACCACACAUACGACGAGCUGAUGGACCGUUGGCACCGCAUGGACAACUUGAAUGCAGGAUUGGAUGAGGCUGUGAGCAACAAGAUGAUUCUGCGGCAGGCCGUUGAGCAUGCGGAGUCCCUGCUGAACAAACAGAUUGAGGCCGAGUUCCACAAGAACUUUCAAAAGGAGACCAAGCAACUGCUGUUCCAGGCAGCCAAGGCUCGCGCAGACCUCGUGGGUCAGGUAGAAACCCAGGUGCGACACCGCGGAGUGCUCCGUGCUGAGCUCCUGAUGCAUCUCAGCGAAUUCUCCGAUAAGCUCAAGGCCUGGCACCCGAAAAUCACGAAGAAGUUCCAGGAGGCCAUUCACAGCUUGAAGUCCGCCAAGCGGCAAGCGGAUAACCGAAAGCGAGGUGCGGAUGACACCUUGGCCAAGCUGAAGCUGCAAAUGCAGCGCCUGCAAUCGGAGCUGGAUCAGAUGCUGACUCCGUACACCGGCGACCAACUGCACGUUGAAGUAGACUUCAACACGUUUGAAGUCACAUCAUGCCCGCAAAAGCCCUUGCUGGUCUCGCGCAUCCUGGCGACCGUUGCAGAGCGCGAGGACUCCAUCAUCCCCAGCAAUGUUCUGUCCGCUGUGAAGGAUCUGAUCAGCCGCCGUCCUCUUGAACGUCUACAGCAAACUCAGGCACUUGUUCCUGAACACCCUAUCUGGCAGGAUGUAAGCCGAGUCCGUGAGCUUCUCGACUUCGAUGCCAUCCAAUCGCGGUUCGCACACAAGGUGCCCUGA